AUGCCACCGCGCAUCGAAGAGGUGCACCGACUAUUUGGUGAGAUUGUCAAGCAAAAGGUGCAAAAGUGCGCCGAAAAAGGCAGAGUAGGAAUGAAAAAUUUGUUGGCGAGAGCUCUACAACAACCAUGCUACGAUCAAGACUACGUCCACGAGCAGGCAAAAGCCUUCAUUGGUGCUGGCUCUGAGACGGUCGCAACGUCUCUGACCGCAGCUACAUACUUCUUACUUAAAAACCCGACGAAGCUGCAACUUUUACGGCAAGAAAUUCGGUCCAAGUUUUCGUCUCACCUCGACAUUACAGGACACUCGACCAGUGGGUUAAGAUUCCUGCGAGGCGUUGUGGAGGAAUGCCUUCGGCUAUUCCCACCUGGCCCUUUCCCUCUCCCGCGCAUAUGUCGAGGUGCAUUUAUUAGCGGCCAUUAUAUUCCAGCAGGCACAGUUGUAUCCGUCAGCCCAUUCGUUACAGCGCGUGAUCAUCGCAACUUCCAUAACCCGGACGAAUUUUGUCCGGAGCGCUGGAUAAACGAACCAUGUAGGGACAAUACGAGUGCCAGCAAGCCUUUCUCUACAGGACCUCGCGGCUGUCUUGGAGUCAGUCUUGCAUAUCUCGAGAUGAGGCUAGUGCUAUCAAAACUAGUGUAUCUCUUUGACUGGGAAUUGGCCAGUGAUAUAGAUUGGAUGCAUGAUGUGCGGGAAGGGAUCGUAUGGCAAAAACCUGCUCUGGUGGUUCGUUUCUUGCCAAGGGACGUGUAG